CCUCGUCGCGUCGACGUCGAUUUGUAUCGCUGAAUGGCGUCGUCGCCGUAUCGCAAUGCGUUUCGACUUUUUUUCACAAUCGGGGUUCUUCACUUCUUCGCCAAUGCUGAGAAUGUGUACUGCACAUAUUACAGAGAAACAAAUGAGAUCACAUGUGGAAUAGUGACAUGCGCCACACAAAUUCCUCCAAACGCCGAUUUAGAGAAGGAAGGUUUGGAUGUUAAGCUGCCGCGAGGAUGGUAUCGAAUCGGAGUGCAAACCAUCCGAAAUGAUCAUUCAUGGUUCAAUCUUUACCGGCGGAAGGCCACCGGAAAUGGAUACUGGGACUUCUACACAAAUAUUCCAGAACGCAACUGCAUAGGGGGUUUCGGUAUCCACGCAGGAAAAAAUGUGCCAGGGGCAAUAACUCUGAAGGACCCUGCAUGCUUCUCGAAAUUGGCUGACCAGAUAGAGCGGAAGUCCACCAUAGAGAAAUUUGAUGUACACCAAUGCAGGAACUGCAUUUUUCAUAGCUGCUGGCUAGGUACCCGAUUAUUACCCGCUGCUCGGCAAUACACUACCAAUUUGAGAAGUUACUGAACCAGCUGCUAUAUGGAGAUGAAUUACCUUAAAAAUUGAAACAAGACUGAUUCACUUAUUAGAGCUGCCUUGAACCACAAC